AUGUCGUUCGCGUUCACCUCUGCACUGCCGGCCGGCAAGGAGAGCCGUGGCGCGUUGGAUUCAUCGCAGCCCAGCGUCAUCCAGUGGGCGCCCCUCCUCCCGCCCAGCGACCCUGGCCACUCCUCACCUUUCCUCGCAGCUGCCUGGCCCGCGUCCGAACAUCCGUCCCUCCAUCCACCAUCUCUACUUCCGCCUCCGUCCCACAAUCUAGAGUUCGACCCCAACUACUACUGCACAUCCACAUCCCCCGUCUCCGCCCCCAUCUCCAACUUCGGCUACGCAGCUGGGCUGCCGCCUGCGGCGUCGUUCUGCCUUCCGCCCUUCGAGCAGAGCCAUUCUGCGAUCCCCGAGCGUUCCAACAUGUGGAAUGAACAGCUGGGCGCCAUAGGCAACUACAGCGAUAGGAACCACCACCACAUCCUCCACAACCGGGCCGACGACGAUGACGCCUUUGUCGACGCCUUCUUUCGCCGCUCGCAGCCGUCCUUUUCGGGAUCUUCUACUUCUUCAUUCUCCUCCACCACGACCGCAUGGCAGCAGCAGUUGGCACCACCACCAUCUGCCACCAUCAUGGUGACAUCUGCGUUCCAUUCUCAAGCUUCCGAUUGGUCGCCGGCUCACCGCGCAAUCACGCAGCUUCGCCACGGUCGGGACCCGCGCCAGCGAAGCACCGGUGAAACCAUCUCGACCCCCGCGCCAGCGAUUACGGACCAUUACCGCCCACAGAUGGCGACUGGCGGUGACAGCUGUCAGGCGGCCUUCAACACCGGUUUUCAACCGUUCUACCCGUCGUCGUCGACGUUGCCACCACCGCUGCCACAGCCCGCUGCAGCGAUGCUGCCGCCGCUGCAGGCCGAGGCCCGCCCGAUUCUCCCACGACUGGCGCCGCGAAGGGCCUUGGCCGCCAUCGCUCCGCGCCCGCCCCUGCCUGUGGUCCCCACCACCACCGCCACCAGCACCACCACCUUCCUGCCCCGGGGCCACGAUGCCGGCGCGCUUCUGCCCGGGCCACCCCCUCCAGUAGCAGCGGCGGCGGCGUCGUCGCAGCCUACCCAGAAGCCCAGAAGCAAAAAUGCAGCUGAGCAGCAGUCUGGAAUUUCGACAACAACGACAACAACGUCGACGGCCAUCACGUUCGUUCCCUCCACGCCGCCGCCAUCGACGACCAGCGCCGCCGGUCGGAGGGCGACGACGGCCCAGGUGCAGUCGAUGGAUGCGAUGACGACGGCGUCAGCGGGGAAGAAGCGAGCGACGCGGCAACCCCGCAAGACGCACGCGCGCAUCUACAAGUGGAAGCUGUGGACGGGCGACACACACCUGCAGUACUUCACCCAAUUCAGCCGGCUGGCCAACACGUUCGAGGAGAGCAUCUGGGCGUACACGGUCAUGCACCCCUCCGUCAUGCACGAAGACACGCUGCGCAUGAGCCUGCAACACAACGAAGAAGGCGAAUCGGAUCCGCUUCUGUUCAACGUUAAUAUCUUGGUCGCUCUGGCGGCCAGGCUCAUCGGCGAUUGCAACACGCAGAAGGAGUUCUACCACCGUGCGCGCACGCAGCUCGCCGACCUCUUUGACUGUCAGAGUAUCGAGGUGGCAGAGGGCCUCGGCGCCAUGGCCUACUAUGCGCUGGGCGAGGCCGACUUUAGCCAGUUCUCGUACUACAACACGCUGUCCCUCCGCAUGUGCCAGCAACUCAGAGCCUAUCACACCG